UGUUCUGGAAUAAUCUAAAACCCUUUGAAAAAUGGAUUCUCAACAAUCUCAACCUCAAAAUCUACAACAGCAGCAACCAUUGCCACCGUUGCAGACACAACUACAGCAGCAACAACCGAUUAUAAAACCACAAUCACCCCCACCAAGUCAGAGUCAGCCGCCAACCCCCCAGGCAUGUGCAACGAAUGUGGUGAUACCAGUUCCGAUUGUUCCACCUGAAGAUAUUUACACAUAUGUUGUUGUGAAAGGAUCUCUUCACGCUCAGGAUUGUGCAAUAUUCGGCCUAAAUGAACAGGAGACUGCUGCCUUCACAAAACGUUAUACAAACGGCUCAACUGAGAUCGUAAACGGUAUUCUGAUUAAAAUACCACCCUUACAAGCCAUCAAUUCGUUGUCGCAGUUGGGCUACAAAGUUGUGUGUAGUACAGGCGAAGCAGAGAUAGUUUGGACGAUGCAACGGGAAUUGUAAACCGAAAUAUAGAAAUCUUUUUGGAAUGGA